GUCUGUAUUAUACUUCAAAAGUCUCGCCUCUGAACAUUAUUUUGAGUACAAAGCAAUGGAGUAUACACCACUACUAGCCGACCCCAUCACCAGAUGAGAAAGCGUGAGAUUGAAGAUGAUUACCGGGAUCAUCGUUGAUGAGCACACGUCCCCAGUCGCUGUCGAGAGGAUAUGGAAGGCAAGCAUAGGUGACAUGCGGAACCUCAUGCCCAGGAUUCUUCCCCAGCUCGUAUCAAGCAUUGUCAUUCUUGAAGGAGAUGGUGGAGCUGGCACCAUUAUGCAGCAUAACUUAAAAAACGCUGUUAAGGAAUUUGGGUUUGUCAAGGAUCGCAUCGAAGUCAUAGACCACGAGAACCACAUAUUUAAGUACUCUGUCAUUGAAGGUGGUCUUGUUGGUCUCAAAUUGAAGUCUUUCACAGCUGAGAUUACCUUCAGUUCUACCAGAGAAUUAGGAGGCUGCUUGGCCAAGGUAAAAAUCGAGUACGAGUCAUUGGAAGACGGCAGCUUGCUGUCUGAAGAAGAUGUUACAAGCAUAAAAGAAGGGAAUUUGGCGAUGAUGAAGGCCGUUGAGGAGUACCUUCUGGCAGAUCCGAAUGCUUAUGUAUGAAAUUUAUCAAUGAACAAAAUCGCUUCUGCAGAGAGGCUCUGACGACUACGUAAUUCCUAUUCUAGUAUUUUGUAUUUUUGUUCAACAGGAGAAACAUAUUAUUGUCUUGUCUGAAAUAGGUUCCCUCGAUUGGCAAGAAGUUUUGAAGCUGUAUUGCAAAUGUUUCACUACAAGUGAGGCGUAUAAACAAGAACAAGAGAAGAACUUUAUAAUCUGUAGUAUUAUUUUUCUUUAC